CAUACCCUUCUGCAAUAUAAAUAUGCAUACACAGUUUGCUCGACCUUGGCAAGCCUUAAAAAUAUUAGCAAUUAUAUAAGUGUAAAUAUUUGCAAUUAUUUUCUCUAAAAAUUUGCAGAGAUAUUAGAUCACGGAAAAGAAUAAUAUGGCAUCAGUAUCAAGCAGAAGAUAUUUAUCAGUCACAUUCUUUCUACUUGUAAUUUGCAACUUAUUUUAUAAAAUCAAUGCAGUUGGGUUUGGGGAGCCUUGUGAUACUGAAAACCCAUGUGACCCAUCUAAAUACCUGCAAUGUGGCUUCCUUUCAAACACUUGUGAAUGCAUGAACACUUUAAACACUUGGUAUGACCAUCAAGAUCAAAUUUGCAAAUUGCUCGUUGAUGUCAAGUGCGACAGAGGAGAGGGUUUCCAAAGCUGUGUUACGAAUGCAUUUUGUCCGGAAACACUAAAUCCAACUUGUACUUGCGAUCAAGGAUUCGCUAGUAAUUCGGAGAGACGUUGUUUCUUACCGUAUGACGCAGAAUGUGAUGUUAGCGAUACAGUUCCUGGAGAUCCAGAUCGAUGCGAUCCAGCUGGAUUUCUUAAGUGUGCCAGAGUCAACAAUGGAUACUUUUGCAAAUGUCUCGAUUACGAAAAUUCUUUCUACAACCCAAACACAAAGAAAUGCUACUUACUUUCCUCUGCUAAUUGUAACUUGACCAACAAUUCGAUGCCCUGUCUAGAAAACGGCCACUGUGAUAUUUGGGAUAGAACAUGCAAAUGCGAUGAAGGGACUCCUGUCACUCCGGAAAGAAGAUGUCAUUUAAUGCAUGGUUCGGACUGUGAUCCGUUCAAGGAUACUUGUAACAUUAUGGGGCAUGUAAAUUGCCAUACAAACCUGGAAAAAUGCUUAUGCACUCCGGAGCCGGAAGCUAUUUUUUACCCUGCGGAAAGUGGAUGUCGUUUAUUGGAAAAUGCUGGUUGUUCGGUGGCGGAGGGGGCGCAACGAUGCAUAAAUAAUUCUGAGUGCCUUCCAUCGGUGGGGAGUGAGCCGAGAAGAUGUAAAUGCAUGUACAACCUGUCGCCGAAUAAAAAUAGAGAAUGCCACCUUACUUACGACGACAGGUGCGACACACGGGAUGAUUAUUGCGAUCCGGCCGGAUAUCUUAAAUGUUCAAGUGACAAUACAUGUUCAUGCCUAAAUCCAAACUCAUUUUAUGACGUCGGCGCAAGGGAGUGUCGUUAUCGAGUAGGGGCAUCAUGUCGUCCAGGACAAGCAGAACAGAAUUGCGGAAAAAAUGCAGCUUGUUCUCUGGUGACAGAGACUUGCGAAUGCAAUCCACUGUAUGAAGAUGCCGGAAAUGGGGACUGUCUUCGAAGCUUUGAUGCCCCAUGUUCUCAAGAAGAUCCAUGCAAUGGAAGAAACAGACUCCAUUGCUAUUUAGGGCGUUGUCAAUGUGUUUCCGGAUUUAUAAAUUCAAAGAUGGGCUCUUCGAAUUACGAUGUGACCUGUUUACCUGGAUAUAUGCAGGCCUGCCCGCAUGACCCCGAGCUUCAACUCCCCUGCGCCCCGGAAGCUCUGCUCACAUGCAUUGGAGGAUUUUGCAAUUGUGUCGCACCCGGUCAUCACAUUCCUCAAGAGAAUCGAUGUGCGCUCCUUGUUGGCAAUGAGUGCGUUCCUUUGCCCGAUAACACGACCAAUGUCUGCGUUACUAAUGCAAUCUGCCAAACCGAUGGGUUCUUACCUGGUAGGUGUGUUUGCAGGUUUGGUUAUACAGAAACGUUUUAUGGACAGUGCAUCAAUACUGCUAAUUCUUUACUUGUUGCAAUGAAAAUGCCACAAAUUUCGAUUCUCGUGGCGUUCUUGUGGCGUUACUUUCUUUGUAGUUGAGUCAUACCGUGUUUAACCUAAAUAAAAGAGUACCACUCAAUACGCAUACGUGCA